UGUGUGUGCAUAUCACAGCUAGCACACCGUCCAGACGCACACUUGGUCGCGUAUUCGACAAUCGACACCGCGCUAACCGGCCAGACCAAGGCAACUCGGCGCGCUGAACACGACCCUGUGAAAGCAUGAUCCAAAGAGUAGCCCGAGCUGCCGCAACACGCGGGUGGGCGGCGGCCGCAACGACGUCAGUGGGAGCCAGCAGCGGCAGCAGCCGGCGCGCGUUCUCGGACAACGUGACGUACUCUGGGGGCCAAGCGGGCGUGCAGGGGGGCUUCUACGGGGCAGGCGGGGCUCGCUCCCAGGCUUCUCCUCAGGCGCACCACAGGCCAGAGGCCAUCGCCGCCGUCGACGACAUCCGGCGCCUUCGUGAGGCCAUGCAGCACGUGAGCGAGAUGGAGAUCGAGCUCGGCCGCCUGGGAGACAAGGUGUCGGGCAGGUCCAUCGAGCUCAAGAGCGCUAUCAAGAAGCGGCUGUCGUCGCCCACCAUGCUUGAGUUGCUGACCCGGCUAAAAAUCAAGGAUCAACCAGUUUGGGGGCUGACACAGGAGGAACGUGAGCUCGUCAAGGUUGCCCGCGAAAAAGUCAACAGCUGUUGAUGUGUUUUUACACAAAGUCAACGGCUGUUGGAUCUUUUUUCUGCACGGGAAGGGACGCGCCCGCUGUCGCUAUUAAUAGUGUCGUGUUGUCUGCGGGUCAAGCAAGGUUUAUAUUGGAGCUACGCGCCGCGGUCAUCGUAAGCUGUCCUCACUGGUAGCUUACGUACGUACCAGGAGUCCUUUGCCUGGAAUAUUCAGGCCACGGGAGGGGGUCGGGUGAUGAACAACGUGGCAUGGUCUUGAUCGACCGGAGAUAUUGGAGACAGUAGAGAUUGUUGGGACACGAGGCUUAAUCUGCGUCGUAGCGCAAGGCACGUUUGCGUGUAUAAUGCCUGCCUGGUCUCUUCGAGAGACGGUGUGAGCGUGUUUAGCCUCCGUUGCGGUAGGUAGGUCUGUUGAUGAUGGUACAUGGCGGCAGCACUCGCGAUCACCGUCCGGCCACUACAACCUUGGAAGAGGGAAACAGCGAGGGGCUGUAAAGGAAAUAAGGACAACAGAUGGAGGAGAAAGAAAAGUUUAGGCGGGGCGUUGGGUUUCUACGUAGCCGCCUGCGCCCGCCCCGUUGAAGGGCUGGGACACCCGCCUGUCGCGUGGCAAUUUACUUGCAUGGGGUAUAAUCUCCUACUAUAGGACGUGGUAAUGUAUGUGUUUGCGCUCUCUUUGGAUUCUCUCUCUCUCUGUAUGUAUUUUAAUUCAUCAACAGAACACGGCACCGCAUGAGGCGCUCUUGGUGUCAAAGCCUCCUUAACUCCUCUUUGAGGAAGGAAGAGGAGCAAGCAAGCAGGAACAUUCGUGUACGUUAUAUGCUAUUUAGCAAGGGUCGGGUUUAAGUUCUUCUGUGUUUCCACGAUCAAAUUUGAGCCGUAGUACUGCUGUA